GUGAUGGAGCCCCACCAGGUGUCCAGGAGCCCCCGGGUGUGGCUGCUGCUGCUGCUGCUCCUUGUGCCCGGGGGCGCCCGUCCCACCCCGGGAGUCGCCCUGCCCCCCGCAGGGGUUCUCAGCCUCCGCAUCCCGGCGCGGGCCCGGGCGGUCCCGGCCACCCUGGCAUCGCGGCGGAGCCUGGCGCUGGCGGACGACGUGGCCUUCCGGGAGCGCGCGCGGCUGCUGGCCGCCCUGGAGCGCCGUCAGUGGCUGAACUCCUACAUGCAGAAGCUGCUGGUGCUGGGCGCGCCCUGA